AGAGGCUGAAGUGAGACCUGCAGGCACAGGCUGCUGAGGGCCAGGCUGAGCAGCUGGCUGCCCUCAGUGUCCAGCAUGAGCAGACCCUGCGGGAAAGGGACUCUGCCCUGCAGCAGCUCCAGCAGGCCAACACAUCCCUGAGCAGCCAGCUGCAGGCCGUGGAUGAGGAGAAGGCUGCACUAAGCCGCAAGAUCAGCGAACUGGAAGCCCAGAUCCUGGAGCUGGGUGCCCAGCGGCAGCAGGGAAUGGCAGCAGAGGCACUGAAAGCCCAGCUGCAGGAGCUGGAGGGCAGGCUAAAGGAGAGCCAGCAGAAGCUGGCCGAGAGGGAGAAGCUGGCUUGGGAGAACAGCUGCCUGCAGGAGCAGCUGCUCUUCCUGGAGGAAUCCCUGCGGAACACUGAGGGUAUACUGGAGGAUGAGAAGAGGCGGGCAGCUGAGUGCCUGGAGGGCAACCUGGCCAGGAUCGCUGAGCUGGAGGCAGAGAGACAGCAGCUGGUUCAGGACCGAGAGCCAGCUCUGUCGAAGCGGAGUGAGGAGCUGGCCACAUGCCAGGUGCUGGAGGAGAGCCGAGAGCAGCCCAUGGGAGCCUCUCCUGCUCCCCGAGGGGAGGAUGAAGAGUGCAGGCGGCUGAAGGAGGAAAUGCAGGCGCUGAGCCGGGAGCACAGCCGGGCCUGCCAGCAGCUGCAGGCUGAGCAGGAGAAGGUGGCUGUGCUGGAGGCCCAGGCAGAGCGACUGGCUGCCCUCCAGGCUGACCUGUCCAGCGCUCAGUCAUGGGCAAAGGAGAAGGAGAGUGAGGAGCAGAAGCUGAGGGCCGAGAUUUCCUCCCUGCAGGAGAAGAUGGCUGUGGCAGAGCAAACAGCAGCCCAGCGUGUGGCCAAGCUGGAGGCAGAUGCCCAGAGAGCUGCUGAGGCACUGGAGGGAGUCUCCCAGCAGCUCUCCCAGGAGAAGCUCAAAUCCAAGGAGCUGGAAGGCACCAUGGAUCAGCUGCAGGCAGCAGAGAAAGAGCUGGUGUCCCUCCGCUCUGCCAUGCAGGAGAAAGAGAGCUGGAAGGAGCAAGUGUCCCAGUGUGUCCAGGAGAUGGAGAGGAAGAACAGUCUGAUCAGCAGCCUAGAGCAUGAGGUCUCCAUCCUUCAUCGUCAGGUGAUGGAGAAGGAAGGAGAAAGCAAGGAGCUGAAACGCCUGAUCCUGGCUGAGUCGGAGAAGAGCAAGAAGCUGGAGGAGAGGCUGCGGGUGCUGCAGACGGAGAUGGCCACCGCAGCCUCCCGUGCAGCUGAGAGGUGCUCACUGAUGAAGGUGGAGGUGCAGCGGUGCCAGGAAGAGAUGGAGAAGCAGCGGAUGACCAUCGAGGCCCUGAAGAGGGACCGCCAUUGCCAGAGCGAGCGGGAGGAUGAGCUGCGGCAGGAGGCAAAGGUCUGCCAGGACAAGUGCCUACAGAAGGAGCAGCUCCUGGCUGCCCUGCAGCAGGAGCUCGACAGUGCUCGGGCCGAGCGUGUCUCCCUGGAAAGCCGGCACCGCCAGGACCUGGAGCAGAGAGCAAAAGCCGUGUCUGCACUGCAAGCCGAGCUAGCGCAGGCCAAGCUGGAGGUGGCUGAGGUGCCGUCACUGCGGGAGCAGUUGGCAGAACGGGACCGGGCCAUUCAGCGGCUGCAGGCUGAGGCAGCAGAGGCGGGGGCACAGCUGGCAGGGCUGCAACAGACCAAUGCUCGGCUGGCCGAGGAGAACCAGGGGCUCAGCAAGAGCCACAGCCAAGGGCAGCAGCAGCUUGAGGUGGAACUAGGCCAGGCCAGGGAGCGGCACAUGCAGGAGCUGGAGCAGCUGCGGGCAGCGUCUGAGAAGCUGGUGACCAACAGCAGGCAGGAGGCUAAGGAAGCAGUACAGAAGCUGGAGGAUAUGAGUAAGGAGUAUGAGAGCAGCAAAGCAGCAGCCCUAGAAGAGAAGAAGCAGCUCCUGGAAGAGAAGCAAAGACUGACAACUCAGGUCAAGCAGCUGGAGAUAAUCCAGAAGGACCAAGCUAAGCAGGUGGAGGAGCUGAAUAAAAAGCUGAUGCAGCAGGAGAAGGCCACCUGGACCCAUCAGCAGAGAGUGAAGGGACUGGAAGGGGAGCUGCAGGCAGGGGUCACCAGCCAUGAGGAGAAGGUGGCAGAGCUGCAGGCGCAGCUCACCCAGAAGGAGCAGGCAGCUGAGUACUACAAAGGGCAGAUGGAGAAGGCAAAAAGUCAUUAUGAUGCCAAGAAGCAGCAGAACCAGGAGCUGUCAGAGAAGCUGAAAGCCAUGGAGCACCUUCAGAAAGAGAACAUAGAGCUUCAGAGCAAAUCGGAGAGACUGGCCAAGGAGCUACAGCAGAGCAUCCUGCAGGCCAAGGAGUCUGAGAUGAGCUGCAAGAAUCUUACCAGCCAGAUCCACAGCCUGAAAGCUCAGGUGGAGGCUGCCAAACAACAGGUGCAGGAACUCAGCAAGUUCCAGGUGAUGACUACCACAGUAAAGGGACAGGAGUCUUCCUGCCAGAGUGUGGCCAACCAGAGCACUGAUAGCCUUGAUGAGGCACAGCUGCUCAGCUCCACCAGGAAGGCUACCAGCUCUCAGUUGGAUUUCUCAGCCUUGCCAUCAGACAGUGAAGAGUCACCACUGUCUCAGCGGCUGGCCCAGAGGAAGUCAUCCCUGGAGAGUCUCUACUUUACCCCCAUCCACUCUGAGACGCCGUCGCAGCUGAAGAGCGGCACCAACUUCCCGGGUGACUUCUCACUCGACUCCGGCUGCAAGACGCGCUCAGCCCGGCGCCGCACUACCAUCAACAUCACCAUGACAGAUAAACAGGCACAGUCUGAGGAACUGAUCUGCAUCAAGAACAUCCCAUUGGCUCAGUCUACAAAAACUUCUUCCCCUGCUAAAGGCCGUCUGCGCUCAGGUGCCUCCACCCAUUCCCUCACCAGCUUCCCCUCCCAGGAAACUCUUACAAAGCUGGAAACCUCCUCCCCAGAGAAGACCCCUGGCAAUUCAGGACUGUUGGGCCUCCCUGGGUACCGGCCAGUCACCCGUAGUUCCCUGCGCUUGAAGCAGACCAGCAGCUCCAGCCUCGGCCGGAACACCAUAAACCUGGGCACAUGCCAGGAUGAGCCAGAGCAGCUGGAUGACUGGAACCGCAUUGCAGAACUGCAGCGGCGGAACCAGGCCUGCCCGCCCCACCUGAAGACCAGCUACCCCGUAGAGAGCAUGCCAUCCACCUCCUUGGGAACCAUCACGGAUGAGGACGUGAAGAUGGGGGACCCAGAGGAGACGCUGCGACGUGCCAGCACACAGCCCACCCAGAUCAUCACCGCCGGCAGCAAGGCAGGCAGCCAGUGCAGCACCCAGGCCAGCAGCAUCACUACCCGGCAGCAGCGGAAGCGCCUCUCAGAGACCCACCAGGACCCCGACACCCCCCCGUCCAAGAAGCCAACCAGCUGCUUCCCCCGGCCCCAGACCACCCAGGAUCGCAGUGAACAGAGCGCCUCCCAGGUCAGUCAAGAGAGCAAGCAGCCAGCCCCAGCCACACAGGCUCAGAGGCGCCAGUCGAUGGCAUUCAGCAUCCUCAACACCCCCAGGGCUCUGGGGAGGCGCCUGCUGCGCCAGGCAGUCACCCGGAAGAACACUUCCACACCCUCCAGCAGCAGUGGCACCCGCCGUUCAUCCCGCAUCGCCACCGCCAAGUCCCCCAGGGGCCAGGCCAGUCGCCAGUCACGCAAGGACAAGCAAUCCUGAGGUUUCCCCAGUCCCUGCAUUGCUGGCUCUGCCCUGGCCCCCACCUGCACCCCCUCACCUCUCCUUGUCUCCCCGGGGCCCAGGAGUACCAAGGGGGAAGAGGUGGGGCCACCCACAUGACUGCCUUGCAGACAACUGUGGGGGUGCCCUGGGCAUGGCGAGGCCCCCUUGCCCUUCCUGCACCCAGUCACCCUAAACCGUUCUGAGAUCCAAGGCAAGGGGAUGCACAGAGGUUGAGGGCUAGAAACACACAAGGGUGCAGAGGCUGGCACCAGGCUGUGGCUGGAAGGGCUGAGCUCUCCCCAGAGAUAUCCUGCAGCCUCAGUUACGGGGACAGAGGGUGAAACUUAGCAUCCCUAGGGCCACCAUCCCUGUUCCCUGUGUGUGGGACUUCCCUGUCCUGCUCCUCCCAGGGAAGCUGAGACAGCAUUUUUAAAUGUUUCUACUUGUAAAUAAAGUGUAUUUUUCACCUGC